AUGAUUUUGUGACGUUGCGAUGGAUACCUCCGAAGAUACUGAAAAAAAUAUGAAGAAUCGAUUGUAUUUGAGGUUGUUAGGCCGUAUUUUCAUUGGGUUUUAGAUAAAAAUCAUCAUUAGCCAUGGAUUUCCCACGGAGGCUGCUGCAGCUGUCAAUACUACUGGCCCAAAGCGGAUGGUGGGGGGUCGCGCCGAGCCCCACCGAUGAAGGAGCACUCCGAGCCGGCCAAGGAGAGCACGGAGAGCCGGGGCACCAGGAGCCACACAAGGAUUCUUACAGCACCUUCGCGUCCGAGUUCCUGGAGUCCAGAUAUCUGUCAGACGACGGUUAUCCCUUCCCCACCGCCCCACCAGUGGACCCCUUUGCUAAGAUCAAAGUGAGCGACUGUGGAGUCACUAAGGGCUGCAUCAGGUAUGGCAAGCCAGGCUGUGAUGCAGAGACAUGUGACUACUUCCUGAGUUAUCGUCGUAUUGGGACGGAUGUGGAGUAUGAGAUGAGUGCAGACACAGACGGCUGGGUAGCUGUUGGUUUCUCCUCUGACAAGAAGAUGGGAGGAGAUGAUGUCAUGGGCUGUGUCCAUGAUGAUAACGGCCGUGUGCGGAUCCACCACUUCUACAACGUGGGCCAGUGGGCCAAAGAAAUAAAGAGGAACCCUGCUAGGGACGAGGAGGGCAUCUUUGAGAACAACCGAGUGACCUGCCGCUUCAAACGUCCACUAUAUGUCCCAAGAGAGGAGACACUAGUGGACUUACACCUGUCGUGGUAUUACCUGUUUGCAUGGGGACCUGCUAUACAAGGAUCCAUCACCAGGCACGACAUCGACAGUCCACCUGUUAGCGACCACAUGAUCAGUAUCUAUAAAUAUGAGGACAUCUUCAUGCCUUCCACAGCCUACCAGACCUUUAACUCCCCUCUUUGCUUACUGCUCAUAGUAGCCCUCACCUUCUAUCUACUGAUGGGAACACCGUAAUGACAGCAACAGAGGAUGAGGAUGUAAAAAGAGGGAAGAUGAGAACAAGCAGCAAUAAAAAAGUUGCCAUUUCUGAAAAGUGCUUUGCACAGAGACACUGUAUUAGAUAUAUUUAACACAACAGAGAGUAUAUAUUAUUACUGAGUACCCAUGCAGAGGAUGUGACAGAGUUUAACACCAGUACUAUCAAGCCGUCAUGUACUGGUGUAAGUGAAAAACACAAGGUAGAAUCAUAGUAUUAAUAUGCCAGUUAUUUUCAGCAUUUAUGAUAACUUCCAAUUAAGUCUGAGGACACCACAUGCCAAUAACUAAGCUUCAAAAGUCUUCAAACACUGCAUGCACUAGAAAUCUGGGAAGGAUUUCAAAAGCUGACUGAUCGCUGGGGAAGAGCACACCGGAUUUUAUGUUGAACUUGGAUAAACAUAAAAGAUUUCUGUGGUGAAGGAAAAAUAAAGCAGUUCGCUGCUGUCUGCAAUUGCUCUUCCUGUCCCUUCAUUCUGUUCUGUUUAUAAGGGUAUCAUCCUUCACAAAAACAGCAGAAAAAGACAGUCUGUUUCUUUGUUUUUACUCUGACAGCAUGCAGUUUACAGGAUUUAAGGGACUGACUACAGAGUGAGUAGAACAUUUGAAGUUUGUUUUCUAAAGUUGAUGGCCCGGAUAAUCUCUUGGCUUAUCUCACAUGAUUAUUUCAUUUGAAUUAUUUUGUUCAUUUGUUCUUUUAAUAAAGACAGGCAGUAUACACCAUAAAGUACAGAAGUGACUGUGCAUCAAUAGAAAACUCUGACAGUUAGGUUAAAGGGGCUAUAUGAUUAUUUCAUAAUUUGUGUGCACAGAUAUAAGUUAAAUACAAUACCACACUUUCAUGAUGUGAGAAAUAAAGACCAAGAUCAUUUCAGAACUUUUUCCUUCUUUUAUAUAACCUGUAACAUAUAAACUUUGAUUGAAAAACAACCAAAAUCUUUUUAAGAUAUAUAUAAUUGGUGCUUUUUAUGCCUUUAUUGUAUAGAGUAGGACAGUGGAUGAGGUCUGAAACUGAGAUGAUAGUGUGGGGGAGAGAUGUGGGAAAGGAGACACAGGCUGGACGUGAACACAGGUCGCCCGCAUACAUGGAGCGUGACCUAACCGCUAGGCCAUCUGUGCCCCCAAAUCAUGAAAUCUUUUGGAAAGAUUCAAUAAUAAAAAUACUUAAUCAAAGAAUCUUUUUGUUGUAUUACAGUAUAUUUUAAUUUACCUUCUCCUCCUUUCAAAAGCUUAAAAAAUUAUCAAAUUGUGAGGACGCUCCCAGUGCACAUUCAGGUCACCCCACAGACUGUCAGGAGGAUUCAGGUCUAGGCUUUGACUGGGACAGUAGAAAAUUAAAUCUCCUUUUGGUGUAACCAUUCUUUUGUAGAUUUGGAUGUGUGCUUUGGAUCAUUUCUUGCUGAAACGUGAAAUUGGGCCCUCAUUUUCAUGGUGAUGGUUGGCCAGAAGGAAGCCUUUUCAGAUGAAGGAAAACAUCCAAGCCUGGCUAAAUUUGACAAAAACACUAACCAAGUCUCCCAGGAUGGCAGGACAAUGUGUUAUGGUCUGAGGAGUCCAAAUUGAACCUUUUGACUAUCAUUUUAAAAGGUAUGUUUGCCAUGUAAACAACACUGGAUAUCACCAAAAAGGAUAAUAUCCCAAAGUAAAGCAAGGUGAGAGCAGCUUCAUGUUUUGGGGCUGUUUUUGUUCAGCUGCAAUAGUCAACAGUCACUUUUGGUGCAAAACUUUCAGGUAUCUGCUUGAAAGCUGAAGAAGACAAUUACACAAAGCACACACCCAAAUCUAACAAAUAAUGGCUUCACCAGAAGUUUGGGACUGUUCCACCCAGAACCCAAACCUAAACCUAAAUCCCCCUGCAGUCUAUGGGAUGAGCUGAAGACAACUGUGGACAGGAAAUGCCCUUGCAAGCUAGACAAUUUUUUAACACUAUUGAAAGGAAGAGUGGGCACUUUUUUGCCAAGUUGAUAUAGUACACAUUAUUAUCCCCUUAGGGAAAUUGGUCUUGGACUCCAAGUACAGCACACAUUAAGUUGCCAGAUAAUAACAUAUAAGCACUAAAUACAACAUAGCAACAGUAACCCACAUGUACACAGAGUUGCAAACAUCAAUAAAAAAUCCAACCACAUAAACCACAUAUAUUGCACAAACUCAUAUUGCACAGGUUGGGGACUCUAUAUACCCUAUCAGAUGAUAAAAGCUCAUACUUAGGGUAGAGGAUGUGAGACUGAUCAGACAAAACUCACUGUGCUUGCCUGAUAUCAGAGUGCAGGGCUUAGUCCUCCCAGCCUUACCCUGCAAUCCAUGUAUCUAUGUAUGUAAGUCACAUGCACCAGGUUACUCUGGUAGGACUCAUCCCUAAAAAGUUUCAAUGCUGUUAUGAAAUUAAAAGGUGCAGUUUUAGCCUGAGAAUGCAUUAUUCAAUUAAAUACUCCCAAAAGAUGGUGGUUGUUUUUUAAAACUGAAUUGUAUGUAUUAUCGGCUAAAUUAAAAUUUCUGAAAUUGUGUAUUUCUUUACACCACAAAUAUAUGCCAUUUUGACUUGGGUGGCUUUUGGUAGCUUCUGUAUGUUUCGUUUUAUUCAGUUCUGCCAAUUCAGUUUUUCAUCAGAUGAGGAAGCACUUUUAGUGAGGUGCAACCCCAACUUAAACUUGAGAAUUUCCUAUUUAUUAUUAACACUGGUCAUAGUUGCCAUGUAUGAUUAAUUCCAAUACAAUUAACAAUACCUGAAUACUUUCACAUUAAUGAGGUUUCAAAGGCUCUGCUUGCUUAGCGUGUAUGCGAACCAUACUGUCACCAAUAAAAAUGUAUCUUGCAAAUAUCCAAAAGUGGAUGUAAAGAUAUCUUAAACAACACUGGAAUAAUAUACGAGUAAUCUUUAAAUGCCACCUGCAGUACUCUUUAACUAAAAAAAUAAAAAAAGGGAACUUUUAGAUCCUUAAGA